CCGGCCCGCCUGCAAAUGGCUUCGUUCCCCGAGACCGACUUCCAGAUCUGCCUGCUGUGCAAGGAGAUGUGUGGCUCGCCCGCGCCGCUCUCCUCCAGCUCGUCCGCCUCGUCGUCGUCGUCGCAGACGUCCACGUCGUCCGCGGGAGGCGGCGGCCCCGGGGCGGCGGCGCGGCGCCUGCACGUCCUGCCCUGCCUGCACGCCUUCUGCCGGCCGUGCCUCGAGGCGCACCGGCUGCCCGCUCCCGGCGGCGCCGGCCCCACCGAGGCGCUCAAGCUGCGCUGUCCGGUGUGCGACCAGAAAGUGGUCCUGGCCGAGGCGGCGGGCAUGGACGCGCUGCCGUCGUCCGCGUUUCUGCUCAGCAACCUGCUGGACGCCGUGGUGGCUACCGCCGACGAGCCGCCGCCCAAGAACGGGCGCGCGGGCGGCGGCCCCGGGGGCGCGGGCGGUCACAGCAACCACCGGCACCACGCGCACCACCCGCCCCAGCGCUCCGCCGCUCCAGCCCCGCAGCCGCCGCCCGGCCCGGCCGCCUCCCCAGCCUCGCUCCUGCUGCGUCGGCAGCACGGCUGCAGCUCGUGCGACGAGGGCAACGCCGCCUCGUCGCGGUGCCUCGACUGCCAGGAACACCUGUGCGACAACUGUGUCCGCGCGCACCAGCGCGUGCGCCUCACGAAGGACCAUUACAUCGAGCGCGGCCCGCCGGGGCCCUCGGCCGCCUCCGCGGCACAGCAGCUCGGGCUCGGGCCGCCCUUCGCCGGCGCGCCCUUCUCCAUCCUUUCCGUGUUCCCAGAGCGGCUCGGCUUCUGCCAGCACCACGACGAAGAGGUACUGCAUCUAUACUGUGACACCUGCUCUGUUCCCAUCUGUAGAGAGUGCACGCUGGGCCGCCACGGGGGCCACAGCUUCGCCUACCUCCAGGAUGCCCUCCAGGACUCACGGGCCCUCACCAUCCAGCUGCUGGCUGAUGUGCAGCAGGGCCGCCAAGCUAUCCAGCUGAGCAUCGAGCAGGCCCAGACUGUGGCAGAACAGGUUGAGAUGAAGUCAAAGGUGGUCCAGUCAGAGGUCAAGGCCGUGACAGCCCGCCACAAGAAGGCCCUGGAGGAGCGCGAGUGUGAGCUCUUGUGGAAGGUGGAGAAGAUAAGGCAGGUCAAGGCCAAGUCUCUAUACCUGCAGGUGGAGAAGCUUCGUCAAAACCUCAACAAGCUGGAUAGCACCGUCAGUGCUGUGCAGCAGGUCCUGGAAGAGGGCCGGGCCUUGGACAUCCUGCUGGCCCGAGACCGGAUGCUGGCCCAGGUGCAGGAGCUCAAGACCAUCCGGAGCCUCCUGCAGCCCCAGGAAGACGAUCGAGUCAUGUUCACCCCCCCUGACCAAGCCUUGUACCUGGCCCUCAAGUCUUUCGGCUUCGUGAGCAGCGGGGCCUUUGCCCCGCUCACAAAAGCCACAGGAGAUGGCAUUAAGCGGGCCCUUCAGGGCAAAGUCGCCUCCUUCACCGUGAUGGGCUACGACCACGACGGCGAGCCUCGACUCUCGGGGGGUGACCUGAUGUCGGCUGUGGUCCUGGGUCCCGAUGGCAACCUGUUCGGGGCAGAAGUAAGUGAUCAACAGAACGGGACCUACGUGGUGAGCUACAGGCCGCAGCUCGAGGGGGAGCACCUGGUGUCUGUGACCCUGUGUAACCAGCACAUAGAGAACAGCCCCUUCAAGGUGGUGGUCAAGUCGGGCCGCAGCUACGCGGGCAUCGGGCUCCCUGGGCUGAGCUUCGGCAGCGAAGGCGACAGUGAGGGCAAGCUGUGCAGGCCCUGGGGCGUGAGUGUGGAUAAGGAGGGCUACAUCAUCGUGGCUGACCGCAGCAAUAACCGCAUCCAGGUGUUCAAACCCUGUGGCUCCUUCCACCACAAGUUUGGUACCCUAGGUUCCCGGCCUGGGCAGUUUGACCGGCCCGCCGGGGUGGCCUGCGAUGCCUCCCGCAGGAUCGUGGUGGCGGACAAAGACAAUCAUCGCAUCCAGGUCUUCACUUUCGAGGGCCAGUUCCUCCUCAAGUUCGGCGAGAAAGGCACCAAGAACGGGCAGUUCAACUACCCGUGGGACGUAGCAGUGAAUUCCGAGGGCAAGAUCCUGGUCUCGGACACCCGGAACCACCGCAUACAGCUGUUCGGGCCUGACGGGGUCUUCCUGAAUAAGUACGGCUUCGAGGGGUCUCUCUGGAAGCACUUUGACUCGCCACGGGGCGUGGCUUUCAACCAUGAGGGGCACCUGGUAGUCACCGAUUUCAACAACCACCGGCUCCUGGUCAUUCACCCUGAUUGCCAAUCAGCACGCUUCUUGGGCUCCGAGGGCAGCAACAACGGGCAGUUCCUCCGACCUCAGGGCGUGGCUGUGGACCAGGAAGGGCGAAUCAUUGUGGCCGACUCCAGAAAUCACCGGGUGCAGAUGUUUGAAGCCAACGGCAGCUUCCUGUGCAAGUUUGGUGCUCAAGGCAGUGGCUUCGGACAGAUGGACCGCCCCUCGGGUAUUGCGGUCACCCCAGAUGGAUUGAUCGUCGUGGUGGACUUUGGCAACAAUCGAAUCCUCAUCUUCUAAUUGCAUCUUCUGGGUUUCCGUGUUUAGGGUGUGCAUGUGUGUCUCUCUUUUUUUUUUUUUUUUUAAUUUCAAAGAAGAAAUCAUCUCAGGGAUAUUUCUUUUACUUUUCCUCCCCUUUUUUAUUUUUUUUUUAAGAGAACAAAAGUACAACAUUGCUUUAAGUCCUACCUCAUCUUUUUUUUUUUUUUUAAACAGAUGAAUGUAAUUCUCUUGUGCAGGGAUGGAGCCUGUGAAGUGAUACUUUCUAUCUACCUCAGAUCUUUGCAUGGCCCUGCUAGCAGCCCUCUUUGCUCCUCCAUGCUUGCAUUCCCUCCCUCUUGAGGGUAUGGAAUGCACAGGCCUGCGCUCCUGCAUCCUCGAGGGCACUGGAAGCAUAUGGUGGGGUGCAUUUCAUAGAUUGAGCCAAGGAAACCCAAAAAAAAAACCUUACUAAGUAAAAAAGGAAAGUGUAAGGUGUUGGAAAGAUAGGAUUUAAAAUUCAUGGUUCUAGAGUAUUUGUGUUCUUGGGAGUACUGUGUGCAUGGGUUAGGUUGUUUGAUCUUUCUUGGGGAAAAAAACUUCCUUUUUUUUUUUUUUUCUCUUUUAAAUGCUGCAACAGAGCUUUCCUCUGUUCUCGGGUUUACCUCAGUGUCUAACAUCUUCAUCCCUAGGAUGGCUGUGGCUUGCUAGCCAAGAAAAGCAGACCAUUCAUAUUUUAGGUGUCUGGUCUUUUGUUUCUGCUUAAGAAAGGGGUGUGUGUAUGUGUGCGUGCGCUGCGUGUGUUUCAAAGCCGUCUUCGCCUGGGGCGGGGAAAGCUGGACUUGACACCUGGCAUCCCAGGGAACGCUGUCUUCCCAGUUUGCUUUCUGAAAAGUAAGUUUAGCUCAGGACUCUCAGUUAAAAGUGUUCUCAAGUUUCUGUGUUUUGUUUAGAAAGACUUAGGUAUAAGCAAAUAAGUCAACCUUGUUCUCAGAGAGGGGCUUUCCAGAUGUGGACCGGGUGCCACAGGCAUGGUGGUUGCUGGAGAAGGGAGGCGCCCCCACAUCAGGGACUGCUCAGGAGGGCGGGGAUCCCGUCCCAAGAGUGAACGUUCUGCAGGAGUGUAGAGUAGGCAAAGGGAUAAACUUUUAUUUGAAAAGCACAAUUUUUUUUCCUGCUUUGGAAGUUCAGGGACUAUGGAAGAAUGUUUGAAUGAGAAGUAGGAGCCCCAUCCCCGCCCCCUUGGCUCAGGUCUCUUUUUCUUUUCCUCAGGAUCCUUGAACCUGAGUGGAGUCAGACCUCAAGGUUAACAUGAACCCCACUCCCUACCCCCAAAGGCCUUUGAAUGUAAAGCAUUUGUAAACCAAAUCCCCACUAACCCAAAGUGCAGGACACAAUAUAUAUCCUUUUUAAGCCUGUACCAAAGAAUAGAAACGUGGGUGUAUGUGGCUCCCGUGCCACUUAAAGACUGAUUGUGGCGACCCUCAGAUUGGAUCUUGUCGAUGACAUCAUCAUCUGAGGAUGAGGACCCGGCCAAGCCCCCAAACUCCUCACUACUGAAAUCAGAUCGGAUUCGAAAGGGGCUCCCAUCGCUGGCUGAGGACGGAAGAGCUCCUGCCCGAAACAGACCAAAAGAUCGUUUUUCUGUCCAGAAUGGAUUUGGUUUUAAAAGAAGAAAGGUAAUAAAUGGAGCGGUUACUUCCUGUCAUCCCAAGGAGAAGGUGGUGAUGGACCAAUCCGAUUGCUCGGGGACAUUUUAACUUGCCAGUAUGAACUACCGCGUCCAUUCCCAUGACUUUCAGUUUCAGGAUUUCUGGGUGACCCAAAAUGGGGAAGCGGGUGUCAGAGUUGCUUCAUCAGGGAGAAUGGUACACAAUCAGGGAACCCCAAAAGUAGCUUCUGGCUGCCGACUCCCCACUUACAGGAAUGAUGACAGGAGCACAAGCUCCUUUGCUAAAAAAAAUUUAAUGGUGGGUCCUUCUCCAAUUCAUAUGCUUACAGCCUUUCUUAUGCCCCCUAAGUGUUAACAUGACUUUUAUAGGGCAGAGUAACCGGGAGGCAACUCCCCCCCCCCCCCCCCAGUCUGCCCAACAUGUUCUUAAACACUCAAAGCAACUGACUUUUCAUCCUUAAUGAUGAUUCUAAUCCGAAAAAAUGGAUCUUGAUAACUAACAUUCUCAGGAACUGGAUUUUAAUUGUGGCCAGGGAAAAGCUAUUUUUCAGUGCUAAUUCUAGUUUUUUGCCGUUCCUCCUCACAGCUUACCUAUGGCAGGAAUGCUGGCUGUUCAGUGGGAAAUUUUUCUGGUGAAUUACGACAAAUACAAAUACUUGAUGUUUUACUUAGGAUUUGAUCGCUCAGUCCAGGUUUCCACCUCAUGGCUGAAAUGGUUGGGUCUUAAAGAGAAGUGGAUAGGCCGUCACAGGCUUAGAGCAGGGUGGGUGUGUCCUCAGAGGUAGGCGCUCUUUUGCCUUUCUGUAUCCAGAAUGGUGUUUGCCUGGCUUCUAAGAGACACGGUCACACUUGGAGAACUUUUGUUUUUGAAACAAGUGGCCAUUUGUGGCCUCCUGAGGUUGACUCCUGGCCUGUGGGGGCUCUGGUGCUAAGCACUUUGGAGAGUGUAAUAGUGGACUGUCCCAUAUCAUGAUACAAAGCAUGCUUGGUGCACCCUCAUGUGAGGAUGCCAUUCGUGUGUGCGUGGGGUACAACCGGAGAGAGACUGGGCCGGGUCCCGGGAGGCAGGCAGGCAGGCAGGCAGGCAGGCAGCCGUCCCCAUGGAGACCUUCCCUGGUUAGGUGACAGAAGUUGGAGAGGGUGAGGACCAGGAGGUCCCUAUUGGAAGUGAACACAUCUAAGUUUGAGUAUUAAACACCUGCUUGCCACCUGCUUAACAUUCCAAAAGUAUAGAAGAAAUGACUAACCUCGUGAGGCAACCCUGUCUGCCUCCGUAGAGGUGCUCUGUUGCAGCUGGCAGGUGACUCCUAAAGGUGGCUCCGGCCAGUUGUCUGGGCCGUCCCCUGAGUGCACUAAACUCCUCGUGGAUACCCUCUUUAAGUCUAACUUAUCUGGGGAAACAUACAAGGGUACCCUAAACAGAACUGGACUUGGUGUUGGGCCAAAGGAUGUGCAGGCACUUUGAGGUGGGUGGUUCAGUCUGUCACUGUGGUUAAGCCAAAGCUUAGUUAUUGGAGUUGGGAGGUCUUGUAGGCUUGAAGCAGCAUAGUACUGUUUGUGUUGUCUUCUGGGUUUGGAAGAUUGUAAGGUUACUGUGUUCUGGUAGGUAGUCAAAGGUAUGCCAAAGUUUUUAGGCUUUUUUUUUUCCUGUUGUUUAAGAAAUAAUGAACAUAUGUAUACAGAGAGAGAGAGAGAGACAGCGGUGCCAAAACGUAUUUAUUUAGAACAUCUCUCUCCUGAGAGGUUCUGACAGUCUGGGGCUGUGGUGAAGGCUGACACAUCACCUGUGCACGUUAGGUAGGCUUGGGGCCUCCUGACACUAAAGGGCUUUCUCUGACUUCGUGUGGGCCAGGGUCACAGGACACAGCGCCCCUCACCACACUGAUUGGGUUACACGCAAAUUUUUCUACCUCACUCACGGCAAAGUCAUCUACCUCACGUCGGCACCUGCUGGGUCUGAAACGGGUUAGUGUUACUCCGAUGGGGAGUGGGCAGGCUGCCUCAGAGGAAACAGUUUAGGGAUCCAGAACUGACUUUCCGUAGAGAAACGUUUGACCUUGAACAAGAGACGUUUUGUCGGUGUAGUCAUUCAUCCAGGUAGUUCUCGGCCAAUCUUGCUUUCCCCCUGCCACAGACCCAAUCCUGCAUACAGUAUUAGGAAGUUUUUCUGGCCUGAUGGAGAACUACAAGAGAAAGCUGUUGUAUCUGUUAGGAGUGUCUACAAACAUGCCCUUUUAGUUGGAACCCUAAAGGUCUUUUGGGGAGCAUUCAGGGUUUGAAGGGAACAAGAACCUCUGGCUUCAUGAUUGUAUUUGUGGCUGUCUGCAAUGGCUGGGGAUGUGUGCACUGCUCUUUGAUUUGAUUAUUUGCUCUUCCUACCAAAGGCAACACUUUGACAUUUGUUGUGCCCCUCCCCCCUUUUCUUCUUUGUUAAAUACUUGAUAAAUUUGAGAAGCACAUUAUCAGGAAAUGCUGUACUGUUAACCUACCUCUGUACAUCCCGGUAACCUUCUGGUCGACCUGGGUGAGAGCCUCCUGAAGGCCACCAGAGUUAACUGGGUUUGGGUUUAUGAAUAAAUGUCACCGUGAAGAAAUACCUCAAUAAUGUCUAUUUUUAAAAUUGGUCUUACGGGUUAACAGAUGCAGCCUGGUGGGCUGUUUUCCAUCGUCAUUUAACCAGCAAUGGUUCUAAAUGUUUUUGUGUAUCCACAUGGUCUUAGACCUCCUUUUAAUGAUUGUAUUAACUUAACGAGCUCAGGUCGUAUCUUAAGGCUAUCUCAGAGCACACUGGCUCUCGUGGCAGCAAAGCGUUGACUUUGUGACCAGCUUUUGGUUCUAGCCGUCUGUGUAGUUGUACUCCUUUAGGGGGAGACUGUUCAUAUGUAUGGGGCUUUCUUGUUUUUAGGGUGGUAAAGUGUCUUUUCCCUUUCAAUGCUGGUGAGGGUGGGUGGUUUAGCGAUGUUUAACUAGCACGUUACAUGUAGUUGUGGGUGGGAGGGUUGUUCGGUUUUUGUUUUAAUGGAUCUUGUUGAAUACUGUCCAUUAGCUCUCGUGCCUGGUCAGCCAAGGGGGAAGAAAAAAGGAACUUACUUUUUCAGUAACUGUAGACUACGCAGCUCGGUGGGGCGCCCCCCCUUUUUUUUUAAGAUCUGGGUGGGAUUCACCGAGGCUUGUUGCCUGGUGACCAGAUUAAGUCUGUUCUUCUCACAACAAGCUGAAGGAGCAGACUGCCAGCAUUCUUCCCUGGCAGCAGCCCACCUGGGAUUCCAGCUGCCUCUGCCACUUUUAGAAUUGCUGUGGCAUUUCAGAGCUCAUCAAGGCAGUGGGUGGUUAGGGGAAUUUCCCCCAAACCUCAAAGCAAAAGUGUUUUUUUUUUUUUAAUGGGGGGGCAAGUCCCUUUCCUUGCGUUUUGGACUUUUACCUUUAAAACCUUAAAUGUUACUAUUGCUAGCCGCAGGCAUGACGGGCAGUGAGCAGGUGAAGAGUCAAUGGAGAAGAGUUCCAAACCUCCUGUGAGCUGACAGGCUUCUGAAUGUAUCUCUGUGCUCCACAGGGAAGGCUGGAGAAGUAGCAAGGAGACGUAUCAGCUACUGCAGCCUUAAAACAAAGCCGGUGUCUCUUUGGACUUUAAAAUUGUUCCUAUGCAGCUUAUUUUAUUUUUGUUUAAUCAAAUAAAGAGGGUCUUCCUGUGAAAA